CUCAUUGCAGAGCCAAAAAAGAGAUGGCAAAGCAGGAGCGGAGGUGCCGCAACUUGGUGCUAGUUCCAUGUCCAUUCCAAGGACACAUAAAUCCAAUGCUUCAGCUCGGCACCCUCCUUCACUCUAGGGGUUUCUCCAUCACUAUUGCUCAUGCUCAAUUCAAUUCUCCUCAAACUUCGAGUCACCCUGAAUUUGUCUUCCAGUCGCUACCAGAUGGCAUAUCAUCCAAACCUGACAUGCCUCGUGAAUUUUUAGUUUUCAUGUCGAAUCUUAACUUCAACUGUAGAGCUCCAUUCCAGGAAUUUCUGACUCAGAUGAUAGAAAAACAGGAGCAGCAAAACCAACAGCCCAGCAUAAUUUAUGAUGCACUCAUGUACUUUGCAGAAACAGUGGCUAGUCAUUUGAAGCUGCCUAGUAUCAUCUUACAAACUGGCAGUGUUGCCAGUAUGUUGACCUACCAUACAUAUCCUCGACUCCGAGACGAAGGUUAUAUUCCUCCACAAGAUUGCGACUCAACAGAGUUAGUUCCAGGGCUUCAUCCCCUCAGAUUCAAGGAUUUACCAUCAAACACUUUUGAUGAUUUAGAUGACACUCUGCAAUUAAUUGAUACACUAAGCAAUAUAGGAUCAUCUUCAGCCAUCAUUUGGAAUAGUAUGGACUACCUUGAACAAUCAUCUUUAGCACAAUACCAACAGAAAUUUCGAGUUCCUAACUUCUCUAUAGGUCCUAUGCACAAAAUUGCUUCGGCUUCCUCUAGUGGCUUACUGGAAGAGGACAGCAGUUGCAUCUCAUGGCUUGACAAGCGAGGACCCAACUCGGUUAUAUAUGUUAGUUUUGGAAGCAUAGCAUCCGUGGAUGCCAAAGCGCUAACAGAAAUGGCUUGGGGCCUAGCCAACAGCAAGCAACCUUUCUUGUGGGUGCUUAGGCCUGAUACAGUUCACGGAGCAGAACCUAUUGAUUGGUGGUUGCCUGAGGACUUUAAAGAAACUGUGGGAGAAAGAGGCUGCACAGUGAAUUGGGCACCACAACAAGAAGUAUUGGCACAUGGUGCUGUGGGAGGGUUUUGGAGCCACUGUGGUUGGAAUUCAACCAUUGAAAGUGUAAGUGAAGGUGUUCCAAUGAUUUGUAGGCCAUGUUUUGGGGAUCAAAAGGUGAACACAAGGUACAUCGGCCAUGUAUGGAGAACUGGGUUUGAGUUGGAAAAUGAUCUGGAAAGAGGGAAGAUAGAGAGAGCUAUAAAAAGGCUGAUGGUGGAAAAAGAAGGAGAGGAGAUGAGGCAGAAGGCAGCAGAACUGAAAGUAAAAACUGAAAUUAGUAUCAAGAAAGGUGGAUCUUCCUAUAAUUCUUUGAAUAAAUUAGUAGAGCAUAUAAUGUCAGUUUAAUUUCAAUUUCCAUCAAAACAAUAGUCUUCAGGCAUCUUAGCCCAUUUAUGCUUAUUUUCAAAAAUAAUAAUUCUGUUACAUAACUCUCUUGCAUCUGGGUUCACUGAUGACGCAUGAAUUUUGUUCAAGAUAACAUACUGAUCAUUUGCUUA